AUGGUCAACUUUAGUCUACGUCUUCGUGAUAACUCGGUCGCUGAGUGGCGUGGUGACUACGUGGACUACGAUGGGCUUAAGCGGUUGCUUGAGCGGCAAAAGGAGAUUGAUACGUCACUCUCAGCUGCUGCAGUUGCCAGCACAACGCGGAACGUGUGCACCUCGACCGAAGGUAUGGAAGCCAACGCGCUGAACCGUCAACAGUUGCGCUCUAUGGACACCAGGAGCAGCAGCACCCGAUUGACCAAAACGAUCAGUAGACUGCUUGAAUAUUUGCGACUUCCAGGGUCACUUCCGACGUCCACUGACGAUGAACAGCUGCAGUCACUGCUUUCUACGCCCGUUGUCUUCGAAGAGGCACUAGAGCACGAGUAUAUCAAGGUGGAGCAAGCUUACAGACGCCAUGCAACACAGUUAGCCGAACAACUUGAGAAUCUGAAGGUGCAGCACCGUGAUGAUGCACCCGCUACAGUUCAAGAAUCGCUCAAAAAUUCACUCGUCGAACUGCAUCGCUUGUUGCAUUUACUGCUGAACUUUGCACUGCUCAAUUAUACUGGAUUUGUAAAGCUUUUUAAACGUUAUGACAAGAUUGCUAGCUUUCAAGCGGACCAGCGUGAAGAGCAUAAAGCCAAGCUGAAGACGUUCCAGUUCGCCAAAGCACGACGGUGUUAUGAUCUCUUGAAGCAAGUAGAGCAGUCAUUCGCCGACUGGUUCUGCGAUGGAAACACUACUGUUGCUGUGGCGACGCUUAUGACGAAGAAGGAGGAUUUUGUCGAUUGGGGACAUAUUUACCUGGGAAUCAAGGGUGGCUCGUGCCUGAUCUUACUGAUUUGGGUGUGUUGGGACUCGCUUGUUGUCCCCCUCUUUCGCAAUCGACGCGAGUAUCAUCUCGUUGAUCUAGCACGCACUCGUGCAUACCCAGUCUAUCGCAGCAUAGGCUGUCUUCUUUUGCUGCACUGGUUGGUUGGAGUGUCGCUUUAUGUGUGGCGCGCGGCACGAAUUAAUUACCGAUACAUCUUUGAGCUCAAUCCACGACGAGCACAGUCGUACCCUCAGGUGUUCAGCGAUGCCACCAACAUGACCAUUGUCUUUUUGGUAAACGUCUUGCUCUACUUCAAGGUUGUAAACGGCGACUUUCCAGAGGAGCUUCUGCACCGUGGCUACUAUCCGCUCACGCUAUUCCUGUAUACCUUUUACUUCUAUGCUAUUCGCCCAUGGGGUCAGCAGCUCGGUAUGCUACGAACGUUGUGGGAGGUCGUGUGGUCACCAUUGUAUCCUGUUUCAUUCUUCCACACUUUCGUGGGAGACUAUCUGACGAGUACGGUCAAGGUGACGCAGGAUGUCAGUUGGUCUGUCUGCUUCUUUUUGUCACAAGAGUUUUUGCGCAAAGAUGUUAUCCCGAGUGAUGUUGGCGCAUCUGGUUUGCAGAAUCUUACAGUUCCAGUGGACCCGGAUGAACAGACUUGUGCUGACAAUGUGUACUACGUGAACGUGGUGGUACCGUUGGUGUGUGCUUUGCCGCUGUGGUGGCGUUUUCUACAGAAUCUUCGUCGCGUGUACGACACGAAAAAGUGGUGGCCUCACCUGCCCAACGCUGCUAAAUAUGCGCUCGCGCAGGUGGUAGUGCUGUUUGGUCUUUUCCACCCCUUGCACAACGACAACAGCGACGAAAAAAAUGCGGCACAGGUGCAAUUGCUCGUUGUCGCGUGGCUGUUCCUGUUUACAGCUAAUUCGCUGUACACGUGGGUCUGGGAUGUGACGAUGGACUGGGGACUCGGUCGACCACAGUACAAGUUUCUGGGAGACUCACAGAUGUAUUCACACAAAUGGGUUUACUACGCUGCUAUUAUUGCCGACCUGUUCUUACGUUUUGCGUGGACUCUGACGCUCAUUCCUCCACUUGGUGCAACUCGCUGGCUGCCGCUAUAUUUGCAGCCUUUCACGACAGUAUUGGAACUAUUCCGCCGAACAUUUUGGAGCUUCUUUCGUUUGGAGAAUGAACACCUGCGCAACACUCAAGGAUUCCGUCGUGUGGAUUUCAUCCCAUUGCACUAUGAUCACGGCGUCGGCGACGUAGAGGACGACGUUGUCAUUGAAGAUAAACAAUUGGACUUCCGGGUCUUUACGCUCAAGAUCUUGGCCAUCCUUUUCACGGUGCUAGGACUAAGCAUCGCUGCAAUUGUCGUCGAGCGCUAA